CCCUCUUCCCCCUUCCUUUCUUCUUCGUAAAAUUCUCACUUCAACCUUCUCUGCAAGAAACUUAAAAGCGAUAUCUUUCAUCUCUCUUCGCUCAUUCGAUCUCGAUAUCAAAGCUAAGUUUUUUUGCGGAUUUGCUUAAGCUCAAAUUAAUGGGAGACAGUCAGUACUCGUUUUCUCUGACAACUUUCAGUCCAUCUGGGAAGCUAGUUCAGAUAGAACAUGCCCUUACAGCUGUUGGAUCCGGCCAAACAUCUUUGGGGAUCAAAGCUUCUAAUGGAGUUGUCAUUGCAACAGAAAAGAAAUUGCCUUCUAUUCUGGUUGAUGAAGCAUCUGUUCAAAAAAUUCAGCAUUUGACUCCUAACAUUGGAGUUGUAUACAGUGGCAUGGGUCCUGAUUUCCGAGUUCUUGUUAGGAAGAGCAGGAAACAGGCUGAGCAAUAUCUCCGACUAUACAAAGAACCUAUCCCUGUUACCCAACUUGUAAGGGAAACCGCUACUGUUAUGCAAGAGUUUACUCAAUCAGGUGGUGUUAGGCCUUUUGGGGUUUCUCUGCUGGUGGCUGGAUAUGACGACAAGGGUCCACAACUGUAUCAGGUGGAUCCAUCUGGCUCUUAUUUCUCCUGGAAAGCUUCAGCCAUGGGGAAGAACGUUUCUAAUGCAAAAACAUUCCUUGAGAAAAGGUAUACCGAAGACAUGGAACUCGACGAUGCCAUUCACACAGCGAUACUGACAUUGAAAGAAGGCUUUGAAGGAGAGAUCUCAAGCAAAAAUAUUGAGAUUGGCAAAAUUGGUGCUGACAAAGUUUUCAGGGUACUAACACCAGCAGAGAUCGAUGAUUACCUUGCUGAAGUCGAGUAACUUCCCGCAUAUGCGUUUAAGACCGGAUUUUCCUGGCGUUUAAAGAGUUAUUUUUUUUCUGUAAAACUUUGGAUCUUUAAAUAGUUUGUUGCUAUACUCAAGCUGAACGUCUUUCUUAUGAUUCACUAACUAAUGAAAUCUGUUUUUUCACU